AUGUCUAUUAAUAGUGCGCUUUUUUUUGUUCAAUCAGUUUUUUCAUCCGAAGCCGAUCUUUGAUUUUGAAAGAUCAAUUUAAAUCAUUUUAAAUAUGGAUUUUCUUGAAUAUUCUGAAGCUCUUAAAGAAGAUCGUGGUGAUUUGACUUCUGGACGAUUAAAAUUGGCAAACACUCAGGUUAUAUUCAAAAAUCAUAAAACUGGUAAAGUUGAUAAUCUUAAUAUCAAUGAUAUAAAGAAAAUAUCAUGGCAACGUAUGGCAGCUGGUUAUUGUAUUCGGAUUAUGAUGAAAAAUGGUCAAGUGUUUCGAUAUGGUGGCUUCAAAGAACAAGACAAAGAAAAAAUCGAGAAAUUUGUUUCACAAAACUAUGAUUUACAGCUGGAAAAUGUUGAUUUUUCUGUAAAAGGUUGGAAUUGGGGUACGGCUAAUUUCGAAGGAUCAGUAUUGAAUUUUGAUCUAGCAUCAAAGAAAUCGGAUAAAAUUGAAAGAGCAUUUGAGAUUCCAUUAUCGAAUGUUAGUCAUUGUACGACGGCUAAAAAUGAAGUAACGGUUGAAUUUCAUCAAAAUGAUGAUGCACCAGUAUCUUUGAUGGAAAUGCGUUUUCAUAUUCCAUCGAUCGAUGGCACCGAUCCUGUACAAUUGUUCAUGGAUCAAGUAUUAUCCAAUGCAAGCAUUAUACGUGAAACAGGUGAAUGUAUUGUCAUCUUUAAAGAAUUACAAUGUCUUACACCUCGUGGCCGUUAUGAUAUCAAAAUGUUUCCAACAUUUAUUCAAUUACAUGGUAAAACAUUCGAUUAUAAGAUUCCGAUUACAUCCGUUCUUCGGUUAUUUCAGUUGCCUCAUAAGGAUAGUCGUCAGAUAUUUUUUGUCCUUAGUUUAGAUCCGCCGAUUAAACAAGGUCAAACUAGAUAUCAUUUUCUUAUUCUUUUGUUCAACAAAGAGGAAAAUAUUUCUGUCAAUCUUGGCCUGACUACUCAAGAAAUCGAAGAAAAAUAUGAUGGAAAAUUAUCGAAAGCAAUGUCCGGUCCAUUGUAUGAAGUUAUAUCGAAAAUAAUGCGCGCUAUGAUUCAACGAAAAGUUAUUUUACCCGAUCCAUCAUUCUCGAAACAUAUGCCUGCCAUUACUUGUUCAUAUCGUGCUAGUAAUGGUUUAAUGUAUCCAUUGGAACGUGGUUUCAUCUAUCUUCAUAAACCACCAGUUCAUAUUCGUUUUGAUGAAAUUUCAUCAGUCAAUUUUGCACGUUCAGGUGGUUCAACACGUUCGUUUGAUUUUGAAAUCGAAACUAAAACUGCAAUGGUUCAUACGUUCAGUUCCAUUGAUAAGGAAGAAUAUUCGAAAUUAUAUGAUUUUGUAUCAAAUAAAAAAUUACGAGUGAAAAAUCGUGGUACUGAAACUUUGGAACCUAAAAACGAAGAUGAACUUAUCGAUUCAGAUAUUGAUGAUGAUGAACCGGAUGCAUAUUUACAACGGGUACGUGAAGAAGGCCGUAUUCGUGAAGAAGUUGGUGAUUCUGAUGAAUCGGAUGAAUUAUUCGAUCCAGGCGAAGAAGGUGAAGAAGUUGCUGAAGAAUUUGAUUCGGAUGCCAGUUCAUCAUCAUCAUCCGAUGAAAAUGAUGAAGAUGGUGGUGGUGGUAGUGGUGGUGCUGGUGGCUCAGAUGAUGAAAAAAAACGAAAAAUGAAAAAACAUAAGGAAAAACAUAAACAUCAUAAAAAGGCUAAACAUUCGACGGAUGUUAAAAAAAGUUCAAAGAAAAAGAAAAAAGAUGAUAAUAGACCAAAACGACCACAAUCGGCAUUCUUUAUCUGGAUGAAUGAAAAUCGUGAACGAAUCAAAAAAGAUAAUCCAGGACUUUCAUUAACUGAAAUUUCGAAAAAAGCUGGCGAUCUUUGGAAAGAAAUGACAAAAGAAGAAAAAACUAAAUACGAUGAAUUGGCCGCUCGUGCAAAGAAACAAUAUGAAAAAGAAAUGCUCGAAUAUAAAGCUAGUGGAGGUAAAAGUGAUGAUGAAAAACCGGCAAAAAAAUCGAAAAAACCUGCUGCAUCAUCAUCAUCAUCGACAUCGAAAUCCCCGAUUAAAAGUGGUAGUCAACAAUUUAAAAGUAAAGAAUAUAUUAGUUCAGCUGGUUCCGAUUCCGAUGAUGAUAGUGAUUUAAAAUCGGAUAAUGACAGUGGUAAGAAAUCAUCGAAAAAAUCUAAAACAAAUGAAAAAUUAUCGAAAAAAUCUGCCAAAAAAGAAAGUAGUGACGAAGUAGAAGAGGAAGAAUUGUCAACACCAAGUGAAUCAGAAUCAGAUUAAAAAUUUUUUUAAAAAAAAUAUCAUUUAUUUUAAUUUGUGACCAAAUUUUCAUUAUCAUUCAAUUUGAAAUA